CAUCCGAAAUACUUUCGGUGUUUCCUCACUUGUUGGCCUACAAUGGAUAUAUGAUACACAAAUCGGCCCUCAAACUCUUCCCUUCGAUGGAAUCAAGUCCGGAUUACAAAGGAGUUCUAGCUAAAUGUCUUUUGUUUUCGCGUCAUAUGUUUAAGCAAGUUGAAGAUGAAUACAUCCGAGGAUGCCUUCGUAUUUUGUACAAGUUGCCGGUACGAGGAUUGAAAAGAAGAAGCGAUGGUACGUCUGUUAUUUCUGAAGAAAAGCUGGCGUCAUCACUCGUUCGUUGGGUAAAACCAAAUCAAAACAUCGAUGAUGACCUAGCGGAGCACAUGACAUCACUAAUUCAAAUCGAGCCCCACAUUGCUUGCAUUGCACCGCCGUUUAAAACAGGACACUACUUUGUAGUGAUGAACAGGACAGUAUCCAUCAGCGUGCUAAAUUCCAUAGCUGCUAUCGACAUUUUAUUCAAAACCUUCAAAGUACUAGGUACUCCAGUACCCAGUAAUUUGGCAAUGGUGAUGGACUUCUUCGAAUGUGUGCUCUACAGAACAAGUGGCCACAGCUCACGGAAAUCGGUCAAUAACCUGGUUCAAUCAUUCCAGGAUGCCGCACAUGCAGAGGAUAAUUAGUUUAAGAUGUUGGCCUGAAAAGACACGUCACGUGUCAAGCUAAAAUUUAGCAAUAAUUUUUAAUUUUAUUUUUAUGUUGUUUUCAUGAACUAAAUAUUUUUUUCGCUUCAUGUGACGUGCCUAUACAGUUCUUGUUCUAAACCGAUUGAUACGUAGUUGAAGUUGAAGUACUUCCCCUCGUUCAACUAUCCCCCUAUACAAACUAUUAUCAUUGCCAAUUGCAAGGCAUAUCUAAGAUUAUAAGAAAUUACUGUAACCUUUUUAAUUUCUGACGUAUAUUGAACGUAAUA